UUUUGCAAUUAAAAGUAUUGAUAAUAAAACAAGACAGGAUCCAUUCAGAUCCAUUUAUCAGAAACACACAAGAUAGCUGUAACUCAAAAAUUAGAUUUGGGUUGAUGAAAUCAUCCAGUGUUUCGCUUAUUCACACGGUACAUCUGGCAACUGACAGCGUGACCUAAGAUGCGGGAUAUUCAAUUCAACUUUUCUGUGACGUUCUACUUGACACGUUGUCCUUCACUGCGAUCCCUUGAUUAAUUUCGUCGUUAUUUUGGUGUGCUGUGAUAACAUUUAGAUGGGAAAAUGGGUGACAGUAAUUGGCUGUCAGAUUUCGACGAUGAUUUGGUCAACUAUCGAAGCUUGUUCACAACAUACCAGCCUGAGUUCUCUGAAUUGGAGCUCUCUCCCCAGCGGCGGCGUGACCUCCGGCAGCGCGUUUUCUUCUUUUGCGCGGUCACCUCAAUGGUCCUGCUGCUCCCGUCUGCCAUCGUUAUCCUAGCCGUGCGUCUGCGCUCCCGGACCGACUCAGCCCUAGCGCUCGUGGCCUACGCGGCGUUUGCCCUCUCAGUGACCGGCGUGGGUUUCGUGUUCUGGCGCGGUCUGGCUCUCUGUCGGGCUAUCCGGCGGUCAGUGCGUGUCCACGUGCCCGGUCAGCCGGACCCAGAAGCAGUGGACGAGGAGUCGGCGCUGCUGGGCCCGUCGACUCUCAUCUGCACCUACCCUCCGAUACCCCCGCCGCCUCCGCCGCUGCCGUCACAGCCCCUGCUGGCGCUGCCGCCCCCGCCGCUGCCGCCGCCGCCGCCCCCUCCGUCCGGGUCACUCGUCAGCCGCCCACCGGCCGUCAAACUGCCGGCCCCGGUCUCCACCACGGCUCGACCAAUCCUGGCCGAGCCCCGCUGCCAGGCCCCGCCCACUGCAGUGGCCUUGACCUCGGGCAGACGGUCACCGGUAGGUGGCGAUACUGAAAAUCCACUGAACGAUGAUGACAAGCCGUUACUGGAGUAGUGGCGUGGGUGUAAAGAAGUAAUUGUGAAACAUGACGUUUGUGUCGCUUCAUUUUAUAUUGUUUCAAGUCAAUUUAGCGUGAUUAUUUGCAAUGCUUUUGGAUCUUAUGCAUACAAUUGUUAAAAAAGGUUUUUAGGAUUUAUCUUUAGCACGUCGCAGUGCCUAAACCGUCACUAUUUUUAGGCUCCCGUUUACCGCACCAUGUGAAACACCUCUGACAGUACAGUUUUGUAUUUCGUGUGUCUACAAAAUAAUUAACAAAGCAGCACAA